GCCGCCUGCCUGCAAGCCGUUUGUUGCCCCUGUAGGCCUAGUGCCUAGCACCUAGUGCCUAGGCCCCGGGGCUCUGGGUCACACUGUAUGAUCCACCAUUGCAUCAGCCAAUCAACCUUGGUGCCUAAAUCCUAUUCUAUCCACAGAGCUUCGCCAGUCAUGUAAUUACUGGACAUCUCACCCUCAACGAAGCGCAGAAUGUGCCAUGUUGCGACUCUUGGGGAGUCGUAACUUGGAGUUUCACUUAAGGACCUGUAGCCCUCUUGUCAGACGAGGAAGUUCUGUGCCUCUCAGGUCCAUCUCCUUCGCGGCCCCCGCCAACGCAAAGGCUCUGCCUGUGCCUAUCCGCCUCCGCGACUAUCAGGAGGAAUGUAUCCAAUCUGUCUUGACUUCUCUGAGUAAUGGCGAGAAGCGGUUGGGCAUCUCGCUGGCUACAGGCAGCGGCAAGACGGUCAUCUUCACUCAGUUGAUCGACCGUGUUCAGCCCCUUUCCGAUUUAGCUACCCGGACUCUAAUUCUAGCACAUCGGCGCGAGCUAGUUGAACAGGCUGCUAAGCAUUGCACAAAUGCCUAUCCAGACAAAUCCAUCGAGAUCGAGAUGGGUAAGCUCCACGCCUCUGGCGUGGCAGACAUCACCGUCGCGAGCCUCCAGAGCAUAACGUCCGGGGAUCGCCUGUCAAAGUUUGACCCGAGCACGUUCAAGUUGGUGCUUGUCGACGAAGCUCAUCAUGUCGCUGCUCGCGGUUACAUGAACGUCCUCGCCCAUCUUCGCCUGGCCACGAAGCGCAAAGACUCUCCCCAUCUGGUGGGAGUCUCGGCAACUUUCUCUCGAUUUGACGGUCUAAAGCUGGGUGCGGCGUUCGACGAGAUAGUCUAUCACAAAGACUAUAUCGAUAUGAUCGAAGACAAAUGGCUGUCUGGCGUCAUUUUCACGACGGUUGAGUCCUCCGCUGACCUGUCCAAGGUCAAGAGCAAGCAGGGCGGUGACUUUGAAAUUCGAGCGCUCUCACGAGCGGUCAACAACGAUAACACCAACGAACUCACCGUCCGUACAUGGCUUGCCAAAGCUGCGGGAAGAAAGUCGACCCUGGUAUUCUGCGUCGACCUCAGCCACGUCGUAGGGCUGACGCAAAAGUUCCGCCAGUACGGCGUCGAUGCCCGGUUUGUGACCGGAGACACCCCAGUUGUCGAGAGGAGUGAGCUUCUGGAGGCCUUCCGGAGGGGCGAAUUCCCCGUGCUAGUCAACUGUAAUGUCUUUACCGAGGGCACCGACAUUCCGAAUAUAGAUUGUGUCCUGUUAGCUAGGCCAACCCGGUCACGGAAUCUCCUGGUGCAGAUGAUUGGGAGAGGAAUGAGACUUCACCCCGGGAAAGAGAACUGUCACGUCAUAGACAUGGUAUCGAGUCUUGAGACCGGGAUUGUCACUGCCCCAACGCUCUUCGGCCUCGACCCCAGCGAAAUCGUCGAUGAUGCAUCGCUGUCAGAAAUGCGGGAACUGCGAGCCCGCAAAGACGCGGAGGGGGCUAGGAAUGAGCAAGCAUAUCAUGAUGUGCCCCACCCAAGGCCGGAUGAUACGCCUCGCAAGGUCGUCUUCACCGACUAUGACUCUGUGUUUGACCUCAUCUCUGACACAUCGGUGGAGAGGCAUGUUCGCGCCAUCAGUCAGAAUGCAUGGGUUCAAGUUGGACCAGAUCGAUAUGUGCUCUGUGGGCCGACAGGCACUUAUCUAAAGCUGGAGGCCGCCGAUCAUGGGACGUCCGGCACAACUCCAAAACUGUUUACGGCGUGGGAAGUUCGCGCAUUACCUCCCGGCGUGUCAAAGUCACCCUUCGCCGCCCCACGCGAAAUACUAAGAGCGAUGACCUUUGAGAGCGCAGUGCACGGCUGCGAUAAAUAUGCGUCCGAAAUAUUUCCGCAUACCUUCAUCUCGAGGAGGAUGAGGUGGAGAGACGGCCCGCCGACGGCCGGGCAGCUGGACUUCUUGAACAAACUCAGGGGUAAAGCGGAGCCGCUGACGACCGAAAACGUCACGAAGGGCAGCGCCGCCGAUAUGAUCACCAAGCUCAAGCACGGGGCUCGCGGGCGCUUCGCGAAUUAUGAAGCUGGCAAGAGGCGCAAGGAGCGCCAGGACCUCAAUUUGGAAAAGAUCAGGGAGAGGUCGCUUCGAGAAACAGUUUCUGUUGGCCCUAUCUUAUAGACUCGGAGCUCCAUGGUACACCGCUCGGCUCCUCAGCUAGGCACCCUCCACGAUGACGUGGUUUUGACGCAGAUUCUAGAGAGAGAGAGGGAUGCCGGAUCGGGACUCGAUGAAUCCAUAGUACAACCUCCUAGGUGGUUUUCCGUCUAUUGAUGCUGAUGGUAGCCUGGGUUUGUUACUUCCACUGGGCUGGGACGUUCACUUUGGGGAAGACAUUCCCGGUUUCAAGGUUGAGGCAGGAUAGAUGACGAUGAGGGUGUCAGGGGCAAGGAAUGUCAAUUACCAAGCUAUACCCAUCUUAAUAUGUCAGGGGCCCCGUACCAGAAUUAUGGAUUACCAAAAAUAAAUGCAAG